UUUCUUCGUCACUCCUUCACUUUAUUCCUACCGAUAACCUUCCCUCACCGCGCUCCCGUGAUCACAGACGACGCUCCGCCAAUCUAACCCCAACCGCUUCAUUCCUGUCUGGCCACAAUAUGUUAGAUUGCUGUGAUAUAUGAGUAGAAAGUUUUCAUCCACGCUCAACGACAUGCCUCUAUCUUCCGCGAUAUCGGAGACCAGCGACACGCCUGCCUCGGCGCCCCCGCAACAUGUUCUCGGUAUUCCGCGACCCCCUUCCGUGGGAGGAAUUUCGUCCCGGGUGACGGACAUGGCGUCAGAUGAUGGAGAACAGUCCCAGACAUAUACCGGAGUUUCGUCGCAUCCACCGCAGUCCCGAGCGUCGGCUCCCAGACGAGGACCCCCGCCUGCCAGGAGCUCUAUCACAUCGACCAGUCAAUGGACUAGGCCAGGGAGUGCUAGUAGCAAGCAGAGUCGAUCGCACAUUCCGUCGCUUGCUGCGCAAGGUUUCUUCCGUCCUAUGUCUUCUCAGCGACUCCAGGCUCAUCGGGGUCGGCCUAUGACAAAGGGGACUAUGACCGACACAUCGGAGGAUUGGAACGAUCAUACGAGUCAGAACAGGCAGAGCUUCAUCUCGAAUAGCACGAUACCGCAAGGGUCCAAUCCUCCGACAGAGCAAGAAGCUCCUCCUUCGAGAGGCACAGAGUUCACGGACCCUAUCAUCCCUGACCGCAACACCUCGAAUGCUAGUCCUAUCGGUAACACCACGGGAAGGAGUCAGGGCGAGAGCGCCAAACUUCUCUACGACAGGGAGAGGGCUUAUAAGAUCCAACAACCUCAUCUUAACCUCGGGGGAAACUAUCAUGGCUCAAAUGAGCCUGUCAGCCCCCACCGCUCGACACUUUCAUUCCUGUCUCUGCAGAACAGAAACCAGGGUCACGAUAGCAGCCGUGACGUACGGGCACAUGAGAGGCUUUCUUCUGCCGGCUCUACCCCUGGAUCUAUCGACAAGGCCCCUCAGGCUGGUGCAAGCAAAAGCCGUUUGGGCAGAAACUACGAAUAUUUCGUCGGCAACACCAUUUUCUUCGGCCGGGGAAGACUCCAGAACUCCAGGGAUAAGCCCGUAAAUAUCGCUACGGCGAUAUUUGUGCUUGUGCCUAUGGCUCUGUUCUUCGCAUAUUCGGGUCCUUGGCUCUGGCACAACAUUUCGCCCGCCCUUCCCAUUGUCUUCGCAUACCUUUUCUACCUGUGCUUCUCAUCAUUUAUACAUGCUUCCGUCGUUGAUCCUGGGAUUAUCCCGCGCAAUCUUCAUCAGCUGCCACCCCCGGAUCCCGCAGAUGAUCCGUUGGCAAUUGGCCCUCCCACCAACGACUGGGUGAUGGUGAAACUGGCGACAUCUGACGUUGCGGCCAUGGACGUGCCUGUGAAGUACUGCAAGACCUGCUGUAUAUGGCGUCCUCCUCGCUGCUAUCAUUGCCGUGUGUGCGACAACUGUGUUGAGACUCUUGACCAUCACUGUGUGUGGCUGAACAACUGCGUUGGCCGCCGUAACUACCGGUACUUUUUCACCUUUGUGGCGUCCUCCACCCUCCUUGCUCUGUUCUUGCUUGGUGCCAGUCUCGCACACAUCUUGGUGUAUAAAUCACGAGAGCAUGUCAGCUUUGGCACCGCUAUCGAUAAAUGGAGAGUUCCCUGGGCUAUGGUGAUCUACGGUGCGGUUGCCGCACCAUACCCGGCCUCGUUAUGGGCCUACCAUCUCUUCCUGGUCGGUCGGGGCGAGACCACCCGAGAAUAUCUGAACUCGCACAAGUUUGCGAAAGCCGACCGCCAUCGGCCCUUCACUCAGGGCAAUGUCUUCCGGAACUGGUUGUCCGUUUUCCUGCGGCCACGGCCCCCAACGUAUAUGCAGUUCAAGCAGCCUUAUCAGGAAGGUGACCAGCGACUGAGCACGAUGAAGCGCAAGUAUCUCCCUCGAAAUGUCGAGCCCCAAAACGACAUUGAGAUGCAACAAGUGCCUCCUCCCUCUCAACCCCAAUAGUGAGUGGUGAUGGUUCCGGUUUGAUCUCGCUGCUCCACCCCAUCUCCAGUUCCGUAUGAAUUUUCCUUCUUGCUCCCUGCGGGGCCAUUCCUUCUUCUUUGCUUCUUCAUCACCAUAUUUCCAAAGAUAGUAAGAUCUUAAUGGAUGUUACCACCUCAUUGCCAUUCUUUCAUUGAACCAAUUGGGCUCACCGCAUAUACGUUGA